AUGGAGCAGCCCGAGGACAUGGCGUCGCUCAGCGAGUUCGACUCCUUGGCGGGCAGCAUCCCGGCUACCAAGGUGGAGAUCACCGUGUCGUGCAGGAACCUCUUGGACAAAGACAUGUUUUCCAAGUCUGAUCCACUGUGUGUCAUGUACACUCAAGGGAUGGAGAACAAGCAAUGGAGGGAGUUUGGACGCACCGAGGUCAUUGAUAACACGCUCAACCCAGACUUCGUGCGCAAGUUCAUUGUGGAUUACUUCUUUGAGGAGAAGCAGAACCUCCGUUUUGACCUAUACGAUGUGGACUCCAAGAGCCCGGAUUUAUCUAAACACGAUUUCCUGGGCCAGGCCUUCUGCACCCUUGGAGAGAUCGUGGGGUCCUCUGGGAGCCGCCUGGAGAAGCCCCUCACAAUAGGAGCAUUCAGCCUCAACUCCCGGACAGGCAAACCUAUGCCAGCUGUGUCUAACGGAAGUGGUCUUUGGAUGGAAAGCUUCAGAACCACUGGUCCGGAAGCUUCCGGUGGUGUCCCAGGGAAGAAGUGUGGCUCCAUCAUCCUGUCUGCGGAGGAGCUGAGCAACUGUAGGGAUGUCGCCACAAUGCAGUUCUGUGCCAAUAAGUUGGACAAGAAAGAUUUCUUCGGGAAAUCCGACCCCUUCUUGGUGUUCUACAGGAGCAACGAGGAUGGAACGUUCACCAUCUGUCAUAAGACCGAGGUCAUGAAGAACACCCUCAACCCAGUGUGGCAGACUUUCUCCAUCCCCGUGAGGGCCCUGUGCAACGGGGACUACGACAGGACCAUCAAGGUGGAGGUUUACGACUGGGAUCGUGAUGGCAGCCACGACUUCAUUGGGGAGUUCACCACCAGCUACCGAGAGCUGGCGCGGGGCCAGAGUCAGUUCAACAUCUACGAGGUGAUAAACCCCAAAAAGAAAAUGAAGAAAAAGAAAUACGUGAAUUCUGGCACGGUCACACUGCUUUCCUUCGCGGUAGAGUCAGAGAGCACCUUCCUGGACUACAUCAAAGGAGGGACACAGAUCAAUUUCACCGUGGCUAUUGACUUCACCGCCUCCAAUGGGAACCCCUCGCAGUCCACGUCCCUGCACUAUAUGAGCCCCUACCAGCUGAACGCCUACGCGCUGGCGCUGACCGCCGUCGGGGAGAUCAUCCAGCAUUACGACAGCGACAAGAUGUUCCCUGCCCUGGGCUUCGGGGCCAAGCUGCCCCCUGACGGCAGGGUGUCACAUGAGUUCCCACUGAACGGCAACCAGGAGAACCCCUCGUGCUGUGGCAUCGACGGCAUCCUGGAGGCUUACCACAGCAGCCUGCGCACGGUGCAGCUCUAUGGCCCCACAAACUUCGCCCCUGUAGUCACCCACGUAGCCAGGAAUGCUGCCACCGUGCAGGAUGGCUCCCAGUAUUCUGUUCUGCUCAUCAUCACUGAUGGCGUCAUCUCCGACAUGGCGCAGACGAAGGAGGCCAUCGUCAACGCUGCCAAACUCCCUAUGUCUAUCAUCAUUGUUGGCGUGGGCCAGGCUGAAUUCGAUGCCAUGGUGGAGCUGGACGGUGAUGACGUGCGGAUCUCCUCCCGGGGGAAACUGGCUGAACGGGACAUUGUCCAGUUCGUGCCCUUCCGGGACUACGUGGACCGUACCGGCAACCACGUGUUGAGCAUGGCCCGCCUGGCCCGAGAUGUGCUGGCCGAGAUUCCCGACCAGCUGGUGUCCUACAUGAAGGCACAGGGCAUCCGCCCACGCCCACCACCUGCCGCACCUGCUCAGUCGCCUCCACAGUCCCCAGCCCACUCACCCCCUGAGUCCCCCCUCCACACACAUAUCUGA